UCAACAACACUGUCAGAUGCGUUGUUCCCAGGAGGAGAAAAGCACAGAUCGAUAAGUCAUUGAAUUUGAAUCAAUUUAUUUCUGCAAUUGUGCUUGGAAAAAAAGGAUAAAAAUCGUGAAUUGAGUUCAAUAUCUAAUACUGGUGUAGUUUGUGGUCGUAUUUGCUGAGUGAAUCCUUCGAGGAUUUCACGGCACUGGAGAAAUGAAAUUGCACAUUAUCUUUUUGAUAGCGGCAUUAUUAUGCUUGCUACACGAACCUUUUGCGCUGGCUGACAACUUUGAAGAAAAUGAUUUUGCCGAGUUUGAGGACUUCGAUGAGGAUGAGUUCAUAGUGGGAAACGCAGCAAGUGACCAACAAUCAGCCGGUGGUGUAGAUUCGGCUGCCAGUUUAGGAAAAUCAAAUCCUAAUGCUAAUGCUGCUCAAGACGAUUCAAAUGACUUCGCCGAAAUCGAUGACAAUGAUGAAGAUGAAGCCGUCGUGGAGGACGAGGAGAAUGAAUUCGAACACUUCCAGGAUGAAGAGGAGUUUGAAGGUUUCCCCGGUACAAUGAACGAACAAGAGGAAGUCAAACUGGCGGAUACGAAAAAAUCGGAACCAAAGUUGACCAUGGCUAAGGUCCCAAUGCAUUUCAGGACCCACUGGGAUUCGUAUUGUCUGGAAAUGUUGAUGCUGGCCGGCUUGUUGGCAUAUUUCGCCAAUUAUUUGUUCGGCAAUAAGAAGAACUCAUCCAUUGCCAAUCUGUGGCUGACGACCCACAAGACCCUGCUGGAAGACAAUUUUGUCCUGGUGGGCGACGAUGGUAAAAAAGAAACCGAAACUUCCACUUUGAGCUUCAUCAAAGAGAGCGAAAGCAUCUACACGCUCUGGUGCAGCGGACGGACCUGCUGUGAAGGAAUGCUGGUAGAGCUGAAAAUGAUCAAACGGCAGGAUCUGGUUUCGCUGAUCGCCGGUAUCAUGAAACCCGUUCAGGAUCAGCUACAUAUCAAAGUUGAAAUGUCGCCCGAUUCGAUGGAUAAUUUCGUGUUUUGUAUCGCCUCGAAAAAGCAAGCUACAAAAAUGUUCAAAGAGAUGAACGAUUUGAGCAAAUUUUGCACUCUAGUCAACAAAACUGAAGAAAAGUACAACAUACCUGGUUACUCAUUGUUAUCGGAGAUUGCCGAGGCAUCUUCCAGCUUGUUAGAUAGUAGACUGAUAGCAGCUUUGAAUAAGUAUUCGCACCUAAUAGAGUAUAUACACGUGUCGGACCAGUAUAGUGGCCCGGUCCAGCAGGAGGAUCCCAACACACUGAAACAACCCGAAGUCAAGCGUAUCUUACAUUGUGGCUUCAACAUGCCCGCAAAGAUCGAUAUGGAAGAAAUGAAACCCCUUUUGGUUCUUGUUUUCUAUCUCAUGGAACGUAUCAAGCGCUUCCGCCUAUCCAAAGAGGGUAAAUCCAAGUCUGACAAAAACCGUGCCCGCGUCGAGGAGGAAUUUAUGAAAAAUACUCACGCCGCCCGUGCCGAAGCUGCUGCACAAAGACGCGAGGAAAAGCGCAAGGCCGAAAAGGAGAAGGUCCUGGCCAACGAUGAUCCGGAAAAGCAAAGACGCUGGGAGGAGAAGGAACGGAAACGUCUGGAGAAGAAGCGUCCCAAGAUGAAACAGCUGUCGAUCAAGGCAUUGUAAGAAGACGAUCAAACAAAUUGCAAGGAGAGUCGCUGCGCAGUUUUCUGCCCGAUUAUCUCCAGAAACCUCACACAUUGUUAAGGUAGUAGAUAAUUUAAUCAUUCAUCGAUGGAAACAUCCACCAAUCAUUUUCUUCGGUUUAGUAGCGAACAAGUUCAUAAACAGAGAAAAAUAAAGGUGUUUUGAUUGCCCCUUAGAACAA